UCAUAAUGGGGGGAAAUGGGACAUUUAGCGGAGAGCACCGGCAACUAUCUUGACCUGGCUCCGCCAGCACGACUGGUUGUCUUGGUAACCUGUAUACAGCGGAGGACGGGUGCUGCGACGCAGCAAGUUUUACUAGAUGACGAGGAGCGCGUGGAUACGGUUGAUCGCUGGGACGAGUCUCAUCAUGGGAAAGGACUUAUUAAACCUCCGGACCAACUGGAGCUCACUGAAGCUGAGCUAAAAGAGGAAUUCACAAGGAUCCUGACUGCAAACAAUCCGCAUGCUCCCGCAAAUAUUGUACUCUACAACUCCAAGGAAUGUUGUUAUAAGCCCACCGUUGUGGAGCAAAUGAUCGUUCACUUUGUGGUGGAAGGCAGUCUCCUGCAUCAAGACUCUGAUGAGGCUCGAAGACAGAAGGCCAAGGGGGGUCUCCCAGAGGAGACUGCAACAUUUGACACAGGAGCAGGACCGGAUGAGGCAAAACCAGAAACUCUGGAUACACCUGCAGACGAUGAAGGUGGAGCUGGAGAAGAGGACAGACCGGACAGUGUGGCCUCCAAAACAAACCAAAAGAAGGAGGCAAAAGUCACUAACCAGUUCGACUACAGUGAGAGGGCCUGCCAGAACCUCAACAACCCACACAGGCAAAUUGGCUGCCAGCCGGAACCUCCUCCGCGGAGCAACUUCUCGUCCCUUGCUAAUCAGUGGGUGAUCUAUGACGCGUACAUGGAGGAGCUGCAAAAGCAAGAAAGAAAUAAAGAGAAGCAGAAAGCCGCACCAUCAAAGAAAGACCCUGACAACACCAAGAGGGCCGUGGUGUCGACGGACUCUCAUGGCCACGACAUCUCCAAAGUAAGAAAAGCAGUCAAGAUCAUUGAGAGAAUGGUCAAUCAGAAUACAUUUGAUGAAAUUGCACAAGAUUUCAAAUACUAUGAGGAUGACUCUGAUGAGUUCAGGGCUCAGGAGGGCACACUUCUCCCUUUGUGGAAGUUCCAAUAUGACCAAGCCAAAGGACUGUCUGUCACUGCCCUCUGCUGGAAUAAGAAGUACCAGGACCUGUUUGCUGUGGGUAUGGGAUCAUACGACUUCAAUAAACAGGAGCAUGGCUUACUUGUCUUCUACUCAUUAAAGAAUACAGCGUUUCCAGAGUACUCCUAUCCCACCAAGUCUGGAAUCCUGUGCAUCGACAUCCAUGAGCAGCAUUCCUACCUGGUGGCCGUGGGCUUCUACGACGGCUGUGUGGCUGUCUACAACUUGAAUAAGGAGGGAAUGGACGCCGUGCACAAGAGCACAGCUAAGACUGGCAAGCACACUGACCCUGUCUGGCAGGUACGCUGGCAGAAGGAUGACUUGGACAACAACCACAACUUCUAUUCUGUGUCAUCCGAUGGCCGAGUUGCGUCUUGGACACUUGUUAAGAAUGAGCUGGUCUUUACAGACGUUAUCAAACUCUCACUAAAUGGUGCCAUGUCCGAGGGGACAGAAGGUUCACAGCAGCCCAUCAUCGCUUGUGGUACAGCAUUCGACUUCCACAAAGAGAUUGACUAUCUCUUCCUAGUUGGCACAGGGGAGGGGAAAAUACACAAGUGCUCCAAGACUUACUCCAGCCAUUUCCUGGAGACCUAUGUUGCCCACAGUAUGGCAGUGGAUGCUGUAAAGUGGAACCACUUUCACCCAAAGGUUUUCAUCUCUUGCAGUUCAGACUGGACCAUCAAGAUCUGGGACCACACCAUCAACACUCCAAUCUUCACCUUUGACCUGAAUGCAGCUGUUGGAGAUGUCUCCUGGUCUCCAUACUCCUCCACUGUAUUUUCAGCUGUCACAAUAGAUGGAACGGUUCAUGUUUUUGACCUCAACAUCAACAAAUAUGAGGCCAUCUGCCAGCCGGCCGUGAUGGCCAAAAAGAAGGGCAAGCUGACUCGCGUCGAGUUUAACCCCAUCCAUCCGAUCAUCAUAGUGGGCGAUGACCGAGGCUACGUCACCAGCCUCAAACUCUCCCCCAACCUUCGCAAGAAACCCAAGGCUAAGAAGGGUCAGGAGCUGGCGACGGGUCCAGAGGUGGAAGUAGCUAAAAUGGACAAGCUCCUCAGUCUGCUGCAGCAACCGGAGAACAGCACAGCUUAACCUCUCUGUUGCUCAGUGUGUGCAACAGUAAACAACAUCGGCAUAUCAAGAAAACAGUUUGUAUAUGUUCAUUAAAAAAAAUAAAAUCAGUAAUCAGUAAAUGCAUUAUUCAUAUUCUAUUAAUAAUGCAUUCAUCGAUGCUGCAGCACUUGAUACGUAUUAAAUUGGCAACACUGGAAUAGCAUGGGCUUGGCUGACCUCUCCUGCAGGGAUUCAUCAAACCCCUUCUGUGUGUAUUGUACACGUUGACGAAGCUGAAAAAGUGAGGGGGGAGAGUUACUGCGAGUGAAGUGGGAGAUAAAUUAGCGUAAUAGAUUGAACAUUCGUGGACCACAUCCAGAUGACUUAUCUUGCCUGGCACACGCUGUCCUGGGCACUCGUCCAAGGAUGAGAGAGGAGCCUUUUAAUGUCCCAUAUACUGGAGAAACUUUGCUUGGAGUCACGGUGGUGUCCGUCUUUAUUUUGCCCUUUUUUUCUGUCCCUUCACAUUCGUCCGAAUGACCUCGUCCGAUCUGAGCAUCACCCAGUGCUCUGUGUGCCACCUCGCAUGGCUUGUUAUUGAUAUGAUAUGUGAAGAAACGCUGAUGGGAACUGACAAAAGUGACAUUCACCAAGGUGAAAUAAAAACAAUGAUCUCAUGACUAUAAUGGAGGGAAAAACCACUUGAAAGGAUUUUCUGUAAUAACAGUAAGGAUAAGGAUAUACUAUAAAUAAGAACAGGAACUUUAUUGAGUCAGUAAUCUUAAUCAUUUGUCUGAUGAUGAACUGACUUCAUGCUAUCCAUUUGUGAUGUGAUUUUUUUUUUUUUAAGUUAAGUAAUGUCUGACUUUUUUUUGCUGCCAAAACAGUUUGUUGAAAUGUUCAUUUAUAAUCAUGGGAAAUAUUAAACAUUGUGCAAAAAAAGGAUUCUGAUAAAAAUCGUCAGAGGGUGUAGUUUGUUUUUUCAUUUAACAUCGGAGUCUCCUCUUGUUAUUCUGAGCUGCCGAGAUAGAAUUAGAGAGUACAAGAAUCAAAACUGUCAGGGAUCAAAUAAUCUUUGUUCACUAAAAAUAAAGAUAUAACAGUUA